AUGGCCACCAACGUCGAGUCGGCGGUGCGGUUACCGACACCAGAGCCUGUAGAUGAGUCUGCGGCGGCUGCUGCAGCGAGCGGAUCACGGAAACGCAGCUCGCACUCGCGCUCACCAUCUCCCCGACGAGAUGCGCCCAAUCUUCGCCGGCGCUCAUACUCGAGGUCGCCGCCGCCGCGCGAUGGGGCGGGACAUGGGCGUAGAGACGGGCCUCUCCUCCGCGACGUGGAUCACUCGCGAGCACAGGAACGCGCACGGCAGCUGGAGAUGAGGCAGCGGGACGAUGCUGGACAGGAAGCACGGAAGCCGCUGACGGACGCGGAGAAGCAGGCAGCUGCAAAGGCGGAGUAUGACAAGCUGCUCAACAUGCGGUCUGGUGGCACGUACAUUCCGCCCGCUCGUCUGAAGGCACUGCAGGCCCAGAUCACGGACAAAACGUCCAAAGAAUACCAGCGGAUGGCUUGGGAGGCACUGAAGAAGUCCAUCAACGGUCUGAUCAACAAGGUCAACGUGUCGAACAUUAAGCACAUUGUGCCCGAGCUGUUCAACGAAAACCUUGUUCGUGGCCGGGGCCUGUUCUGCCGCAGCAUCAUGAAAGCGCAGGCCGCCAGCUUGCCAUUUACGCCAAUUUACGCCGCCAUGGUUGCUAUUGUGAAUACGAAACUCCCGCAGGUGGGCGAAUUGUUGAUCAGCCGACUGAUCAUUCAAUUCCGGAAAGCGUUCAAGAGAAACGACAAGAGCGUUUGCGGCAGUAGCACCACCUUUAUCGCGCAUUUGAUCAACCAGCAAGUUGCCCACGAGAUGCUCGCUGCGCAAAUUCUGCUGCUGCUGCUCCACAAGCCAACUGAUGACAGCGUGGAAAUUGCCGUAGGCUUGAUGAAGGAGGUGGGGCAUCACAUCGAAGAGAUGAACUCGCAGAUUGGACUUGCGGUGUACGACCAGUUCAGAAGCAUUCUCCACGAGGCAGAUAUUGACAAGAGAGUGCAAUACAUGAUUGAAGUACUGUUCCAGAUUAGGAAGGACAAAUACAAGGAUCACCCCGCGGUGAAGGAUGAGCUCGACCUGGUGGAGGAGGAAGACCAAAUCACGCACAGACCUGGGCUGGACGACCAGCUGGCUACGGAGGAUGGGCUCAACAUCUUUAAAUUCGACGCCGAAUACGAAGCGAAUGAAGAGGCUUACCGGAAACUCAAGGCCGAGAUCUUGGGUGAAGCUUCCGGCAGCGAAGACGAGGAUGAAGAGGACGGAUCCGACGAAAGCAGCGACGAUGAUGAAGWAGCAGUCGCGGACAAGGCCGUCGAGAUCAAGGAUCAAUCGAACACGGACCUCGUCAAUCUUCGACGUUCCAUCUACCUGACCAUCAUGUCGUCGGGGCAGUUCGAGGAAGCUUGCCACAAGCUCAUGCGUAUCAACCUCCCAAGCGGUCGCGAAGAGGAGCUUCCGUCCAUGAUCAUCGAAUGUUGCAGCCAAGAACGUACCUACAACAAGUUCUUUGGUCUGAUCGGAGAGCGAUUCUGCAAGCUCAAUCGCUUGUGGCAGGAUCUGUUCCAAGACAUGUUCACCAAGUACUACGAGACCAUCCAUCGUUACGAGACGAACCGGUUACGAAUCAUCGCCCAACUUUUUGGGCACCUGCUCUCCGCGAACGCAAUCGGCUGGCAUGUGUUCCAUGUCAUUCGCUUGAACGAGGAGGACACCACCAGUUCCAGCCGCAUCUUCAUCAAGAUUCUGAUCGAGGAGCUUGCCCAAGGUAUUGGAAUGAAGACCCUUCAAGAGAAGCUCAAGGAUGACGCGCUUGCGCCCGCUCUUACUGGUAUAUUCCCAACCGACGACCCGAAGAGCACGCGUUUCAGCAUCAACUUCUUUACCGCCAUUGGUAUGGGUGCGCUGACCGAGGGCAUGCGCGAGUGGUUGAAGAAUGCGCCGAAGCCUGCUCCCGCAGCACUACCAGCUAGGAGCCCAACGCCGGACAGGAGAGGGCGCAGCGAAAGCGUGAGUAGCUAUAGCAGCUACAGCAGCUAUUCAUCUCGUUCAGACUCGCGAUCUCGAUCUCGAUCACGGUCGCGAACUCCACCCAGACGUACCCGAGGGAGAAGCUAUUCCCGCUCUCCAACGCCGGUCAAAAAGGCYAAGAAAAGAGACGACUCCUAUUCUCGUUCCCCCUCACGUUCGCGGUCGCGUUCCCGUUCCCGUUCCCGUUCCCGCUCCCUUUCGCGCUCGCGAAGUCCGCCAAGGCGAAGGAGGGGAGAAAGUUACUCGCGCUCCCCAGCACCCGCAAAACGAGCGAGCAAGAGAGACGACUCAUAUUCUCGUUCUAGGUCGAGGUCGCGCUCGCCGCCUAGACGCGGACGCGAUCAAAGCUAUUCCCGCUCGCCGACACCCGUGAAAAGAGCGAGACGAAGAGGCGACACUCCUUCUCGCUCUCGUUCACGCUCUCCGGUACGUCGAAGAGGCCGGAGCGAGAGUCGUUCUGUUACUCCACCGCGGAAGCGCGCCGUGAGCCACCACUCUCGCUCACGCUCGCUCUCCAAAUCGCGUUCACCACCUCGGCGAGCUCCACCCAAGGUGAAGGAAGUGGUGAAGGAGGCCAAGGAGGACCUUUCUCACAUACAUCCAAGUCGACGGGGACUGAUGGGCCGGUAA